GGCCCAUGCACGCUCCGCGCUACCUCACGCCGCUACGUGCAACUUCCCGGUGCUCUCGAACCGCCGCCAUUGUUGCCACGCACCACUCCAAAACGCCGGCGCCACCAUUCAAAACCCAACCCCGUAUCCCAUCCCCGCCUAUAUAUAAAUCGGCCGCAAGACCGACAAACGAUAUUCACAACAGCAAGACACCCAAAAAAUCCACGCACAGGAACAGAAAACUCCAACUCGCAUCGCACGUUACGAGAAGAAGAAAGAUGCAGACGGCGAAGGUGAAGGUGAAGGACAUGGUGAGCUCGGCCAAGGAGAAGACGAAGGAGGGCACGGCCAGCGCGCAGGGCAAGACGGGGAAGGCCACUGCGGCGACGCACGGGGAGAAGAAGAUGGCCAAGGAAGAAGAGCGCGCACACAAGGCCCAGGCCAACGCCGACAAGCACAUGGAGAAAGCCGGGCACCGCGCCGAGGCCGACGCCGCGCGCCACGGCAUGACGCGCGUUCCCUUGACAGGGCCGCACGGCCACAACGGCGCCCCGGCCCCCGCCGCGGGCGUCGACCCCGCGUACCCGACCACCGGCGCCAACCCGGCGGCGGAGAAGUACAUCUAGAUGAUGACCAUGGGUCUGGGCGUCUGGCACUCUUGCUGUCGCUCGAGUGCCUCUGUUGUUUGUAGCCAGUUAUUCUCGCUGUCGUUCGAGUUACUAAGUAGCGGACUAGCGGUGCGUGCGUGUGUGCUGUGUUCAGGUCAUGUACCGGAAUAAAAUGUAUACUACCAUCUUUAUCAGUUGUAAAAGAGUUUGUAAAA